AAUAAAUGAUCCCUGCUGCUAAAGAUGCCCAAAGUGAGAAGAAAAAAGUUAAUCAGAUUGGAAAUGAGAAUUCAGAGAAUGAAUCUGAAAGUUUUGAACUUCCAAUCCCUUUUCCUGAGAAUUCUGAAGAAGAAAACCUCGAAGUUUUUUACGAAUAUUUGCCGAGUAAACAAAUUAAAAUAAAUAAAAUUCCGUCAGAAUUUUUUGAAAACCAUGAUGAUUGUAGAAAUGAUGUAUUCAAAGACACAGAAAGACAUUCAGAGCUUCAAGGAAGAAACUUAUGUAAACUAUCUCUCUAUUGUUAUUACUGUCAGGAAAAUGUAAAGUCUAUAAAAUCUCAGCUCAAGGCAUCAAAAUAUUCUAAUUGAUUACAAUGCAUAGCUGACCUUCUAAUUUGCUCUGUGUGUUGAUCCCUAGUAAUAACCAUGUAUAUAGCUAUAGUAAUACUACUUUUUGUAUUUCUUAUGAUUUACUAUCAAAGUGCUCAAGCUGCUGUAGUUUAUUUCUUAUUGUAAUGUUCACUUUUGGCUUAUUGGCGAUCUGUUGUUCCUGAGGACUUUGUUGUUAUGCCAAAGUUUCUGAAUCUAAGAAAUAUUAUUAUUGCCAGAAUUGCAAGAGACCCACUAUUAUUGAUGAAGGAGGUAGAAUCAGUUGCCAGUUGUUUGAUGGAGCUAUACAGACUUAUAGAGAGAAUCAUU